GUACAAUUGUUUAUCGAAGCAUUUGAGGUUAGGUAUGCGUAGGCUCCUACCCCCCUCUCUCUUUCACCCUCUGUGAGUUUAUAAACAGGAUCAAAUGUCAAGUUGGCCGGUCGUAGAAUUUAAAAUGCUUGCUUGGCUUGCAAUUUUCUUUCCAGUAAAUGCUUACCUCACACAGACGUACACACACAAGGCGCUCGCACAGACCCAUACAUACUCAAAGAUAGAGAUAGAAAGGUAGGGACUGGGACUGGGACUGGGGAUCGCUGGUUUUUGAUCGUGAUCGUGCAAAACAAAGUUAACUGGAGCUCAAGUCUCUGCGCACAUACAAUACACAUACACACAUGCAAACACUCGCAUACACAUCUGCAGGCGUAGGUAUGUGAGCUUCACUGGCGUGAAUAUUUUACGUUCACUCCACCAUCUUCUCCAAGGCAGCAGUCCAGCCGACCGUAGUGAAAUCCAGUUUUUUUUUUCGAUAAAAAUAAACAAAGCGCAACAAGUACGCUACAGUACUCUGAGUACAGCAUAUAAGUACAUUUGCAAAAAGUAAAUACAAACACACGUACAUAUGUAUGUACAUAAAUAUGAAGGUCAAAAGGACAUUUGCCUUAAUGUACCUGUUUACCUGUUAAAGGUGGACAUUGAAAAUCCCAUUGGUUCUUUAGCUAAGGUGGAACGAAGACAACGUAAACACCCACACAAAUGCACAAGCAACGCAGUGAUGAAAGGUGCUAGUGAUUCGAGUCGAGUCGAGUCUAGUUUUAGCAGCGCAUAUUCAAUUCGUUACGGCCCAAAGUAAAGUUAAUAACCGUAAAGAGCAAAAACACCAACGUACAAAACACGAGACUGAAGCCAGCAACUCUGUGGCUACUACAACAGCGGAAGCUUCACAUCCGGAUAAUACCAAAAGAGAGACAGAGACCGAGGGAGAGGUCUGUUGCCGUUGCCGUUGCUUGUGUUCGCGAUCAUUCUCUGUCUCUCUCCUUCUCUUUCUCUCUCAGCCCAAAAGGCACGUAAACUGGUUGGACCCGACACAACCGUACAACGCCACCGCAAUAUCUAUCGAGACUGUCGUGGUUUUCAAUUUCGCCCGUGAUCUCUCAGUGCUGGUUGAGUGCUUGAGCUGCGCAAGUCGCUCACAGUCAGAGAGAGAGAGUUAGAAAAGACCCCACAAAAGUAGCAGUAGUUGCGAUGAUGGCUUACAACCAUGCGUCAUCGUCAUCGGCGUCGCCAUCGCCUUUGUCUUCGUCUUUGUCGCCCGCUGCUGUUGUACCCGCCAUGGCCUAUACGAACACUGCAAAGUUGCCCAUAGAAACAGUAAAACGUCUUAUUGCUUCUGUUUCGCGUCGCCCCAUCCUUUGGUUGCGAAACAAUGGAAGCGGCCAAAAGCGUAGCGAUAUUACACCAAUUUGGUUUGAAGUUGGUCAGGAUGUGAAUCUUCCAGCGGACAUUUGUCGCAUUAAGUGGGGACAUUUGCGUGACAAUUUCCGCAAAGUCUACAUACGGAACAAUCUUUCAAAUGAGACACCCUCAUCGUGGCGCUUCUACAAUGACAUGCGUUUCAUGGAACAUGCUGUCCAUGAGAAUAUAAUGCGUCAGACGCGAAGUAGUAGCAAAAAGUAUCCACCAAACAAUUGGAGCGAAAAUAAUAAUAUAACGCGUGGAGCCAAAUACGAUGCAAUGCUGGCAACUGAACCAAUUUGUGAGCUCAGCGAUAGCUAUGAUUCGGAAAUGCAUCAACCAAGUUUUUCGGAUAUUAGUUGUUUCUUUGAGAAUCGAGAGAACGAAAACCAAUAUCAGUCAGAGGAUCAAGAAAACAGUAGCAAACGCAUUAAAUUGGAGGAGGAGGAGGAGCAAGACGAUGAUGAUGAUUUUGAUGAAGAUGCCGCCUCAGAGAAUACCACACCAGAUGCUGGUGUCUUCACCAUUGAAGUGCUUGAUGAUGAUGAGGAAAUGGCAAUGCCUCUGUCCAAAAUUAAGUCCAAUAAUAGUAGUAGCACCAGUGACACUGAAACGAAACCGGCUACAAUUGCGUCCCGUCCACCGUCCACAUCCGUAGUCACAUCGGAUUUGCCCUUUAAGUACAUUAGCAUGGAUGCAGCCACCAAUACCGAACCACAAGAGGAUAACGAUGCCGAUCGUAUGUUUUUGCUCAGUUUGAUGCCAUUUCUACAGAAGCUACAGGACGAACGACGUAAGCUUAGAGUACGUCAGAAGCUACAAAAUGUUCUCAUCGAAGAGUUGGAAUUUGGCUAAGAUCUUUGAACUUACUUAAUUAGAAUAUAGAUUACUUAUUAGGUACAUUUAUAACAGAGAAAAAGAAUUACCUAAGUUUAGAUAUUAAACAUAAGCAUAGCUUACAGUAUUAUAAGAAGGCGACUGACUAACUAAAUAACUAAAUCUUUCAGGAUCGAUCAUCUGAAAAAAUGCACAUUCCAGAGGUAUUGGCUGUCACCUGUUAACGUCAAAUAAUGAAAUAUUCAAAUUUAUUUUAUGAAAAACUGCCUUUUAUAAAAUGUGCCUAACCAUUCUAAGAAAAUAGCUCUUGUACUUUUAAUAUAACAGAUAUGAGGAACCUGUUUAAAAAAUUAUAAUAAUUUUGUUGAUUUGUUUUUUUUUUUAACAACAGUAUAGUACGACAUAAUUCGUUUCAGUUACGCUUUAGAACGUUUCAGAUUUUUAGAUUAGAAGCGUCUUUCAAAUGUUAUGGUUAAUAUUUGAAUAUUUAAAGACAUUUUCUUUAAAAACAUAUGUAUUUGGAAAAUACUUUGUUUCCAACGAAAUAUCGCCCACCAAAUUCGGCUUUCAUACAGGAUUAGUACAUAUAUAAUCCCAUACUGGAAAUAGGCAUACUAACGCAUACACAAUAAAAAGAACCAGCAUAAUUACACAUCCUA